AUGGGUGAGGACUGGAAGAAGCCCUUGGGCCCUGACAGCACGCACCGCAGGAUGCCUCUGGUGACCCUGGUGCGAACUUUCGGCGGCUUCAAGAUGUCCACACCAGAGGCGCGCCAGGAUCGGCUCCUGGCGACCCUCGACCCACUGGCCUUGGGCAAGAGUUCGCUGCCGUCGCCGCCGCAGUCGGAUAUGUACUACAUGCAGGAGGAGGUCUGGGGUGACCAGGAGCCCCUCUCCAAGAUCCCGUUUAAAAUCCUGAGUGGGCACGACCACGUCGUGAGUUCGUGCCACUUCUGUGUGGAUGACACGAAGCUCCUCAGUGGCUCCUAUGACUGCACUGUGAAGCUGUGGGACGCUUUCAAUGGAGCUGUGGAGCGGGAGUUUGAGCACGGGCCCGAAGCACCUGUCGUGGAGUGUAGCGUCUCGGCUGACAGCAGGAGAGUUAUUGCAGCAUCCUAUGACAAAACAGUGAGGGCCUGGGACCUUGAAACAGGCAAAAUGCUGUGGAAGAUCAGCCACGAUAACUUCAUAGUGUCCUGCAAGCUCUCUCCGGAUGGCAAAUACGUGGUUUCGGGCUUGGACGUGGACCGUGGGAUCUGCAUCACAGACAUGGAAAACGUCACCACGGUGGCUCAUGUGAAAGAUCACCACCAGAGGUCCCUCACGGCAUGCUGCUUUGACCCCGACAGCCAGAAGGUGGCGUCUGUCUCCCUGGACAGGACCAUCAAGAUCUGGGAUGUCACCUCCCAGGCCACGCUGCUCACCAUCCCAAAGGCACACGCCAACGCAAUCUCCAACUGCUGUUUUACCUUCAGCGGUCAUUUCCUGUGCACCUGCUCCUGGGAUAAAAGCUUGAAAAUAUGGAAUGUCCACACGGGGGAGUUUCGGAACAGUGGAGCGUGUGUGACUCUGAUGAAGGGCCACGAGGGUUCUGUGAGCUCCUGCUUCUUCGCCAGAGACAGCUCUUUUCUCAUUUCUGGAGGGUUUGACAAGACUGUGGCCAUUUGGGAUAUAACAGAAGGCUACCGGAAGCUGGCCCUGAAGGGUCACAAGGACUGGGUAAUGGAUGUUGCCAUAAGCAGCAACAAGAAUUGGAUUCUGUCUGCUUCAAAGGAUAGAACCAUGAGGAUAUGGAAUAUUGAAGAAAUUGAUGAGAUUCCUUUGGUAAUCAAGCAAAGAAAGGCCAUGGGCUUAAAAGUGCAACAGUGCGAAGGAUGUGACAAGCCCUUCUCCAUCUUCGAGAGCGACUCCUCUUCUGAAAUAUUCACUCAGUGUGUGUUCUGCCGGAUGGAAGCCCAGGACUUGCUGGAAGAUUCUUUGUCACAGUCGGAAGGGGACAGCAACAGCUGAUGGCCCCUGGGCCCUGUAAGUGACCUGAGCACAGGCCACCUGCCACGAGGUUGCCGGCUCUGCAGGGACCUUCCUGCUGGGCCCCUCCCAGGCUCAGCGACACUGGGCUGGGCUCACGCCACAGCACCGUUA